AUGGCACUUAACCAAUGGGGUUAUUCGAAAUAUCCAAUAGUACCAGGACAUGAAAUCACAGGUGUUGUUGAACAAAUCGGUGACAAUGUAAAGAAAUUUCAAGUUGGCGAUCAUGUUGGUGUUGGAUAUAUGAUUAAUUCAUGUCGUACUUGUCAUCUAUGUAAAAGAGAUCUCGAACAAUACUGUGCUAAUAAGUGCAACACAUCUAAUGGUACACAAAUAGGUCAAGUGACACCGACAUAUGGAGGUUAUUCAAAUUUCAUCGUAGUUGAUGAACAUUUUGUAAGCAAAAUUCCUAAAAAUUUGCCAUUGGAUAGUGCUGCACCAUUAUUGUGUGCCGGUAUUAGUACUUAUUCAUCAUUACGAUAUUAUAAUGUUGGCAAAAACACACGCCUUGGAAUAAUUGGUCUUGGUGGUCUUGGUCAUAUAGCAAUAAAAUUAGGCUCAGCGAUGGGAGCAUAUGUCAUUGUUAUAUCAUCAUCAGAAUCGAAACGUAAUGAUGCAUUAAAACUCGGGGCUAAUGAAUUUAUUGUUUCCAAAGAUGAAAAACAAAUGAAGCAAAUAAAAAAUUCAUUAGAUUUAAUUCUUGAUACAGUAUCAGCACCACAUGAUGUUGCUUCUCUAAUUGAUCUACUUAGAUUCGAAGGUGUUUAUACCAUAAUUGGUGCACCAUCAAAAUCACUUGAAAUUCCAACAUUUCCAUUGCUAAUGAAACGACCGAUUAUAUCUGGUAGUGCUGUUGGUGGAAUGAAAGAAACACAAGAAAUGUUAGAUUUCUGUGGUCAACAUCAAAUAACAUGUGAUAUUGAAUUGAUUAAAGCUACACCUGAAGCAAUCAAAACAGCUUUUGAUCGAGUUAUUAAAGCUGAUAUUAAAUAUCGUUUUGUACUUGACAUAAUCAAUGCAUUCAAAUAA